AUGGGAAAGCAAAAGGACACGCUGCUGUAUCGCUUAAAGACAUUGUAUGAUUCAGGUGGGUCCUAUCAUCGAUUGGGCGACAAUGUCAUUGUCGCUGUAAACUCGAACCAUCUCCAGCAACACAACCAAAAUCAACACCAACAAUCGCUGGACUAUGUUGCCGAGUACAAGAAUACGGCGCUCACUGUACAGUUGCCAUUUCACCUGUAUCAGACUGUAAAUCAAUGCUAUCUCCACAUGAGGAGAACAGCCGUAGAUCAAUCUAUUCUAUUAAGUGGUGAUACAGGCAGUGGAAAAUCAGAGACCUGCAAUACGAUUCUGUCACAUUUGAUUUCGCUCAGUGUGCACAAAAAAGAGUCCAAACUGCAGACACAGAUACUGCAUGUACAACCCAUAUUGAACGCAUUUGGACAUGCAAAAACAUCCACAAACCAAAACGCAUCCAGAUUUGGAAAGUACAUGGAGAUCCAAUUCAACGAGAGAGGCAGAAUGAUUGGAUGUAAGGUGCUCAACUACUUGCUGGAUAAGCAGAGAGUCGUGCUUGGACAACAGAAAAGACACGGAUACAACUUUCACAUAUUCUACAUGCUGCUAUGUGGCGCCAGUGUGGAGGACAAAGCAGCAUUGUCACUGACAGACUACACUGCAUACAAAUACACCAAGGCAACAUCACCACCCUUCGCCAAAGACCAGAUCAGCGAGGACUAUCAGGCACUGCUGGCUUCGUUGAAGCACAUGGGAUUGGGCAAGCGACAUCAGACCCGCAUCAUGCAGCUGAUUGCCUCUCUGCUACAUUUGGGCCAGCUUCAGUUUGUGGACGAUACAACCAUGCAAGAAGCAGCCUAUGUCAAGAAUGCAGAGACAUUGGGGUUGGUGUCUGAUUUCCUCGGUAUUGACCCAAGAGCACUGGAGAAUGUGCUGACUUACAAGACGCAAAUGAUCAAAAAGGACAUUACAACACUCAUUUUGAAUGCGGUUCAAGCAGCAGCCCAGCGCGAUGAACUGGUCACUGUAUUAUACUCACUGCUAUUCACCUGGCUUAUUGAGCAAAUCAACAGCAAACUCUGCAGCGAUGAGAUCCAUAAUUUUAUCGGCAUUCUGGAUCUCCCUGGAGCACAACUCAAUACACAAACACCAUCAGGCCUGGGGCAGCUCUGUUUGAACUACAGCAAUGAGCGGCUGCAGAGCUACAUAUCCAAGUAUAUUUUUGAGAGUAGCGGCGUAGAGUACAGUGCAGAUGGUUUAGACUACUUGCUAGUGAAAUCACCGUUAAAUGCGUCAUGCAUUGAUUUGUUUGAUCAACCUCGACACGGCAUCAUUGAUCUCGUCAACAGUUUCUCAAAGAAAUCCAUCACUAACACAGCGGGAGGACGCACCGAUGAUCAGGCCAUGCUAGAUACCAUUACCAAAUACCAAACAGGCAACGAAUCAUUCUCUGCAAGAAAAUCAGAUACAGGCGCACCUUUAUUCGCAAUUCAACACUUUGGUGGAUCUCAAGUAUACCAACCAGAAGGAUUCAUAGAGACCAACCGAGAUGCAUUAAACACAGACUUUGUAUCCUUGUUUAGAGGAGGGUCCGACCUACCACCUUCUAUCAACUCCUUCCUAGUGCGUCUAUUUGAGGAUAAAUCCAUCACUACGGAAUCACACCCCAAAGACACAGAUGCCAUCUUGAAUGCACAGCAAAUCAACAAGCCCAAUCGCAUGCCAUCCAUGAGACGCUCCAAGUCCACCAAGCGCAACAAAGCAGAGCAAGAGGAGGAUACGGCCAAGAGCGUUUCCAAGGCCAAAAAAGUGGUGCCAGCUGUGCUGGCCCAACUGAGAUCUUCUUUGGACGAUUUAUUUGCUACGCUGGAUGAAACGAUACCUUGGUUUGUAUACUGUAUUUGUCCCAAUCAAAAGGCCGCUUUAGGAUCGACAACAGCCAACUUUGAUUCUCAACUGGUACAGACGCAGGUGCAAGCAUUGGCACUCGAGGCAGUCGAACAACGAUUGAAAUCAGGCUAUUUUAACAAUAUAUUCCAGCAUGAAGAGUUUUGUGAGCGAUAUGCAGAUAUUCUGGCUGCUAUAGGCGUGGAUGAAAAUAGACUGCCUAGGGCCAAAUGUCAAGCAGCAGUGGAUAUAUUCGGUUGGCCUAGUCGUUCUGAGAAUGCUGUGAUUGGCAAUUCAAAGAUAUUUUUGAAUGAUGCAGCUUGGAGAGAUCUAGAAGAUAGAUUGCGAGUGGCUGAAAAGGAAGAUCAGAAAAAGCAGAGGGAACUGACAAGAGAGUCUCGAGCUAUUUUAAAUGCCAAAAAUGAGGGAAUGGAGAACUUGAUGUCUCGCAACAUGAGCCAAGAUGAAUACUCGCAUGCAUCUUCUGGUUCCAAUGCAGAUCUGCUUAUAUCGACUGGCCAUUCGGACGCUUCUGCUGGUCAACACAAUGAUCGUCGUGCUAUGGCUGCUGCCAAUGCUGCAGCAAUGGGCUUGCCUCCACCACGUGGUUUUACAGAUCAAGGCCAUAAUCGCAUGUCUUCUUCCUACAGCUCUUAUUCGGAAGAUCAGCGCUCAUUUGUCUCGUCUCAAGAUGUCCAUCGUCAGCAACACACAAACGACACGGAUUCACAGACAGUGUCAGACAAUUACGACUCGGCUAGUGCAUCUGGUUAUUUGGAGAUGAAAACCAUGCCAAUCGCAGUGGAUGAAGCACCAGCCUACCAAGAAGAAGAGCAUAAAGUCACUGCUGUGCGUAAGCGAUGGCUGUUCUUUGUCUGGGCAAUGACUUGGUGGGUGCCAACACCCUUCAUGGUGUGGUGUGGACGUAUGAAACGCAAGGAUAUCCAGAUUGCAUGGCGAGAAAAGUUUGCCCUGUGCAUUAUCAUCUUUUUUAUGUCUGGUUUCAUCAUCUGGUUCUUGGUGUUCUUUGGAAAGCUGAUCUGUCCUCACCAAGACGUGUUCUCGCAAUCUGAACUGCAAUCGCACAGUAGUGGAGGCGAUGCAUAUGUAGCUAUUCGCGGUGAAGUAUUCGAUCUGACUCGAUUUGCGCCUCAUCACUGGGCAAGUCAAGUGAUCCCAUCCGGUGCCAUCACUCAGUACGGCGGCAAAGAUGCCAGCGAUCUCUUCCCGGUGCAAGUAUCUGCUCUCUGUGAGGGUGUCAAUGGCACAGUUUCUGACUACGUCUCACUGGAUUACCACUUUAAUCUGACUGAUGCCAACUCCAACUAUCAUGAUUUCAGAGCGUGGACAGACGAUCCCCGGCCAGAUUGGUAUUUCGAAAAGCUAGUCUAUUUGCGCAAGAAUUACAAGGUCGGCACCAUGGGAUACACAAACAAAGAUGUAUACAGACAGGCAAACAACCCCGUAGAUAUGGGAGGCGUUCAAAGCACGCGUGUGUGGGGCAUCUUGAACGAAAGCAUCUAUGAUUUGACCUACUACGUCAGUGGUGGUAGACGAGUGCAAGUGCCCGUUGGCAUGGAAACGCCUACUGAUGUGGAUACCAACUACAUGUCAGACGUGGUGGUAAACUUAUUUAGACAAAAGUCGGGUGAGGAUAUCACUGCUUACUGGAAUGCAUUGCCCUUGGACCCUGAGGUUCGUCGUCGUCAAGAGGUAUGCUUAAAGAAUCUGUUCUACGUGGGGUCCCUAGACCAACGGAAUUCUGCAAAAUGUAUCUUUUCAGAGUACCUUUUGCUGAUUGUCACUGUAUUUCUGUGUCUUGUGAUUGUAUUCAAAUUCUUGGCCGCUUUACAAUUCUCCACCAAGCGAGAUCCGCAAAAUCACGAUAAAUUUGUCAUUUGUCAAGUGCCUUGCUACACGGAAGGCGAAGAAGAGCUGAAAAAGACAAUUGACUCCAUUGCUGCACUCAAGUACGAUGACAAGAGAAAGCUGCUAUUCAUCAUCUGUGAUGGCAUGAUUGUAGGCGGUGGUAAUGAUAGACCUACACCACGCAUUGUGCUGGACAUCCUGGGGGUAGAUCCGUAUGUGGAUCCUGAAGCGUUGUCAUUCUUGUCGGUGGGUGAAGGUCAAAAACAACACAACAUGGCCAAAGUCUAUUCUGGUUUAUACGAGUGUCAGGGACAUGUUGUGCCUUACAUUGUCAUCUCCAAAGUGGGUAAAGCGAGCGAGCGUCAAAAGCCUGGCAACCGUGGCAAGAGAGAUUCGCAGCUGAUUCUGAUGCGAUUCCUCAACAAGGUUCACUUCAAUGCGCCCAUGACACCCAUGGAAUUGGAAAUCUAUCACCAAAUCAAAAAUAUCAUAGGCGUGAAUCCCAGCUUUUAUGAAUUUGUGCUCAUGGUGGAUGCAGACACAGAAGUGGAGUCUGAUGGCUUGAAUCGCUUAGUCAGCUCGUUUGUACAUGAUGCAAAAAUCAUUGGUUUGUGUGGCGAAACAAAGCUAUCCAACGAAAAGGACACCUGGGUUACCAUGAUCCAAGUUUAUGAAUACUUUAUCUCGCAUUACAUGAUCAAGGCCUUUGAAUCGCUGUUUGGCUCAGUCACCUGUCUGCCUGGUUGCUUCUGCAUGUAUCGUGUGCGUUCACCAACCAAAAACCAGCCUCUGCUCGUGUCAAACCAAGUCAUUGAAGACUAUCAGAUCAAUCGAGUGGACACGCUGCACAAGAAGAAUCUGCUUCAUCUGGGAGAAGAUCGUUAUCUGACCACACUGAUCCUCAAGCAUUUCCCCACCUACAAGACCAAGUUUGUGCCUGAUGCUAAAUGUGCCACCAAUGCGCCAGAUCAAUGGUCUGUGCUCUUGUCGCAGCGUCGUCGUUGGAUCAACUCCACCAUCCACAACCUCGGUGAACUAGUCUUUCUGCCUCAAUUGUGUGGUUUUUGCUGUUUCUCGAUGCGGUUUGUCGUGAUGCUGGAUUUGAUCAGUACGUUAGUGCAGCCUGCUAUUGUCGGCUAUCUGGUGUUUUUGAUCUACACGCUUGCUACUUCCUCAAGCAAUGUGCCUAUCAUGUCCAUCAUCACUAUCGCAGGUGUCUAUGGUCUGCAGGCCAUCAUUUUUAUCCUGCACAAAAAGUGGGAGCAUAUCAUCUGGAUGAUUGUGUCUAUUUUUGCCAUCCCUGUAUUCUCGCUGUACAUUCCAAUCUAUGCGUACUGGCAUUUUGAUGACUUUUCAUGGGGUAAUACUCGUGUCGUGCUUGGUGAUAAAGGCAAGAAGCUGGUUGUGGGUGCUGAUGAAGGUAAAUUUGAUCCAAAUUCGAUCCCUACCAUGUCUUGGGAUGAGUAUGAAGAGGGAUUGUAUACCGAAGAUUAUCAGCAAAACGACACAGCAUCUGUGGGAUCGAAAGGCUCUGGAUACUCUCAUAGUGGUAGCUAUAUCAGCUACAGAAGCCACGGCAACAGUAGACAACAUCUACCUCAACAUGCACCACCACAGCAGCCUCCACCUGUCAACUAUCCCUCAAGCCAAUAUUCCUACAACAUGAAUUCAAGUCAAUCCUACAGCACUUUACCCAUUCAACCCAAUCCUCAUGCUUCUUUUAUUUAUUCCAAUCCAAAUCCGCAUUACUCAAUGAUGAGUGGUCUCAAUAAUCAGCAACAAUUUGCAUACAACAACCCUUCAUCUCCACUGCAUCGUUACGAGUAA